UUCCAAAUCAUCCCUCAGGUGUCAUCCCUUCACCUCAGCGCAAUGUCCCCUCCGAGGAGCCCCAGCGGUGCUCGGACGGCCGCUCCUUGUCAACUCUCUUCCCGGGUGGAGGGCAGCGGAUGCGUUGAGCCCGAUCCAGACCCCGCACUCGUCCCGGUGACACGGACCGCCCUGCUGACCCGACGCUUCGUGCGUCUACGGGCCUGCCGUGGCCACCUAAAGCCCGCUACGCGCCGCAAGAGAGAGAUGACCCCCGCAGAGAAAAAAGAUGCCAAUUACUGGGACAAGCGACGCAAGAACAACGAGGCAGCCAAGCGGUCCAGGGAGAAAAGGAGGCUGAGCGACCUGAUGAUAGAGGGCCAGCUGCUGGCGCUGACUGAGGAGAACGCGCAGCUGCGGGCUCAGGUGCUCAGCCUGCAGCAUCGCACCAGCCAGAGCAUGGAAAAAAGCAAAGCUGCUUCUGCUUGUGCAGCAUCACACGCAUCUAUAGCCUCCACUUUGUCCUUAUCGCCUAUGCGCACUCACACCCCUGCGCUCUUCCAGGCAGGACUCUGGGGCGCCAGAAUGAGCGGCUCAGCCUCAGUUAUGGGGAUGAGACAACAAGAAGCACCGAUGUACCAGUUUGAGACCAUGCUCCCAUGUUUUAGCUCAACUAGAGGUGGUUUUAAUCACCCAAAUCAUCGCAAUUGUGGGACACAGCCCCUCUCUGGGGCCAGUGUGCUCUCUCUCAGAGAAGCUCUGGGGGGCGGAAGGUCAGCGGAGGCAGAGCUGGAUGUCCAGCGAGAGGCGUCCUCCAGCGACGCACCCUCGCAGCCUCCCUCAUACCUCCCAGCUUUACUGCCCACACCUGACGCACCCCACCAUGCCUCCACCCUCUCCUACCCACCUCAAAACUGGCUGGUUCCACACCUGAAUCACUCGGCAGUGCGUAAUGACCUCCUACUACCAUGGCGGUCCUCCUACCUGGCUCCACCGGCCGUGUACCCCGGCCUGUCCCUCCACGUACCGGAGAGGCAGGCUCAGGAUCUCGGUGUGGAGACGCACAUUCAGAGGGGGUUCAGGAGCCGGUUCAGCAGUGUACCCUCAGGACUGUCGUAACUCGGGAUGCAUCCCAAUCCUAAAGGAUGAUUAAUGCGCACGGGACAGUCUGACAGUCACGCAGUUUAUUCGGAGGGAGGUUAAAAAAAUAAAAAAUAAAAAAAAAAGCCAAGCUUAACGUGAUGUUGCAGUCAUAUUUUACAUGUAAUGUGAAAUGCAAUUAUUGCUUUGAAGAUUUUAUUCUUUUUAACAGCCAAACAAACAGACAUGGAACUUAUUUGAAUUUCUUAUUGUGUCACACUGUAAAUAUAUUUUCAGAAACAUCAAAUGGACUGAUAACAUGACAAUAAAACUUGGCGCACUUACU